AUGCAAGCUCCAGUUGUAUAUAUGAAUACCUCUACCGAGAGGCAAACUGGGCGUCAAGCGCAGAUAUCUAAUAUCACCGCAGCCAAAGCAGUUGCUGAUAUCAUUAGAACAUGUUUAGGACCAAAAGCUAUGUUGAAGAUGUUGUUAGAUCCAAUGGGUGGUAUAGUAUUAACUAAUGACGGACACGCUAUCUUGAGAGAGAUUGAUGUUUCACAUCCAGCUGCCAAAUCCAUGAUUGAAUUGAGUAGAACUCAAGAUGAAGAAGUCGGAGAUGGGACUACAACCGUUAUUAUUUUAGCAGGGGAAAUUUUAGCACAAACUUUCCCAUAUAUUGAAAAAAAUAUACAUCCAGUUAUCAUCAUCCAAGCUUUGAAACAAGCUUUGAGUGAUGCCUUAGAAAUAAUUCAUCAAGUUUCAGUUAAAGUUGAUCUUGAAAAUGAAGAAUCAAUGAUCAAAUUAAUUAAAUCAUCAAUUGGUACUAAGUAUAUUAAUAAGUGGUCACAAAAAAUGUGUGAGUUAUCAUUAAAAGCCGUUAGAACUGUUAUGAUUGAGCAAGGCGAUUAUAAAGAAAUCGAUAUAAAAAGAUAUGUCAGAAUUGAAAAAAUUCCAGGUGGAGAAAUUACUGAUAGUGAAGUUUUAGAUGGUAUUUUAUUAAAUAAAGAUGUUACUCACCCAAAAAUGAAAAGAAAUAUAGAAAAUCCAAGAAUCAUAUUAUUAGAUUGUCCUUUGGAAUAUAAAAAGGGAGAAUCUCAAACUAAUAUUGAAAUUACCAAAGAAGAAGAUUGGAAUAGAAUUUUACAAAUUGAAGAAGAACAAGUUAAACUUUUAUGUGAUCAAUUAUUAGAACUUAAACCAGAUUUAGUUUUAACCGAAAAGGGAGUUAGUGAUUUGGCUCAACAUUAUUUAUUAAAAGGUGGCGUUACUGCAUUAAGAAGAGUUAAAAAAUCAGAUAAUAAUAGAAUUGCUCGUGCUACUGGUGCUACUAUUGUAAAUAGAGUCGAAGAUUUGAAAGAAUCCGACAUUGGUACUAGAUGUGGUGAGUUCAGAGUCGAAUUGAUCGGUGAUGAAUAUUUCACUUAUUUAGUCAAAUGUAAAGACCCCCAAGCUUGUACUGUGGUCUUAAGAGGUCCUUCCAAAGAUAUCUUAAAUGAAAUUGAAAGAAACUUACACGAUGCUAUGGCAGUCACCAGAAAUGUCAUGUUUGAACCUUCAUUAUCCCCAGGAGGUGGUGCCACCGAAAUGGCGGUUAGUGUUAAAUUGGCUGAAAAGGCUAAAACCAUCGAAGGUGUUGCUCAAUGGCCUUACCAAGCUGUCGCCGAUGCCUUUGAAGUAAUCCCAAGAACUCUUAUCCAAAACUGUGGUGGUAACCCCAUUAAGGUCUUAUCUCAACUUAGAGCAAAACACGCUAAUGGCGAACACACUUUUGGUAUCGAUGGUGAUUUAGGUAAAGUCGUCGACAUGAACCAAUACGGGGUCUGGGAACCAGAAGUCAUCAAACAACAAUCCAUUAAAACCGGUAUCGAAAGUGCCUGUCUCUUAUUAAGAGUUGACGACAUCGUCAGUGGUGUUCGUCAACAACAAUAAUCUCUCUCUCUCUCCAUCUCCCUUCUUUCUAUACAUAUAUAUAAUUAUAUACCUACUAUAAUAUCCCUUCAUAUCC